AUGGUGUGGCCAAUGCUCUUCUCGCUGGAUUAUGAGAUAGGACCUAAAGAGCAUGGGGGUGUCGGCAUCCUGGGUGUCGCAUGGUUUUCUGGGGGCACAGGUUAUGCGCAAAAGGUGGAUGUCGUUGUACUGACAACCAAGGGUCCAUUAAUGAGUGUCGCAAAGGAUGAGUAUCACGUCCCGCUGUAG